UAAUUGUAGAAAACAUGGCGGCGGACAGUAAUAACGAAAAGGAUGAUUUUGUAUCGUAUGGGACCGCUUUAGAGCCUUUAGAAGAGGAUGAGCCUCUGAAGAAGCCAGUGCCCAUAUAUGAACAGACAGUGAGAGAUGAGAAGGGCCGAUACCAGAGGUUCCAUGGGGCGUUCACUGGAGGGUUUUCUGCCGGAUAUUUUAACACUGUCGGCUCCAAAGAAGGAUGGACUCCUUCCACAUUCAAGUCUUCACGGCAAAGCAAAGCCGAACAGCAGCAAGCCAGACCAGAGGAUUUCAUGGACGAGGAGGACUUUGGAGAGCAUGGCAUUGCCCCCAGAGAGAUCACUCGCAGUGCAGAGUUCCAGUCAGGACACAGAGACCUGGCCACAGAAAAAGCUCGAGCCGUGAAUGCUCAGUCCUCCCUGAUCCCCGGAGACACUCUGCUGGAGGAUAUCAUCGCACCUGCGCAGUCGUCCAUCGGUGUGGAGCUGCUGAAGAAGAUGGGCUGGAGAGAGGGCCAGGGAGUUGGGCCUCGAGUGAAGAGGAAGCCAAAGAAACAAAAGACAGGAGAAGGUGUCGGGGUCUACGGAUGUGCACUCCCCCCCUCCGGCUCUGAGGGCUCUGAUGAGGAGAAUGAUGAUGAGUUUGCUCCAGAGAAUGUGACAUUUGCACCCAAAGACGUGACUCCAGUGGACUUCACUCCCCGUUUAGGGCUGCAGGGUCUGGGGUACCGCGGUCUGGAUCCGGGUCUGGCUCUGGGACAGGCCUCUGAGCACAUAAACCUGUUCGACCCACAGUUCGACUCAAAAGGGAAACUGUUCGGAGGGAAACAGAAGCAGAGCAGACGCAGAGGAGUGGUUGGACAGGGGUUUGGUGUGGGGGCACUGGAGGAUGAGGACGAGGACAUUUAUCACAGAGACUCCAUGUCCAAAUAUGACACAGAGAUCAAGGAUGAGGAGCCCACAGAUGGACUGUUUGGAUGGACUGCUCCUCAGGAAUACACCAAGAAGAAGGAUUCAAACAAAGACGCCUCCUACAUCGGUAAAAUCUUAGAGGGCUUCACUUUGGCCCAAAAAUCCGAAGCUUUGAAAACUAUUUUCCCUCCGCCCAGACUGCCCAGAGACUACCGGCCUGUGCGUAGGUUUAAUCCCGGGACUUUUGUGUCUCACGUGACGGGGGUCAGUCCAGCUCUGGCCCAGGCUCUGAAGACCUCCAGGGGGCACAUGGACAAAGACGAGCCCCAAACCGGACGCCAUCAGCUGGACUCUGGGCAGAGGAGGGUCCUGAUCGGAGAGGAGGCUCUGCAAGGUCCCAGUUCAGUGCUGGACUUACUGAAGCCUGCGGACAGAGAGCGUCUCAAACACAUCAGGAAGUCCAAAAGCAGCCUCCAGACACAGCCCACCAAAGACUCUAAUUCCCAGAGUGCACUGCGGCCCUCUCCUUUUCCUCCUACGUCUUCAUCAAAGCCUGCACCAAAUGUUACGCCUCAACCUAGUAUUAGCCAGGAGCAGCAGCAGGAAGCUCUGUCGGCGUGGAAAGGACAAACCACAACACAAACUUUUAAACCAUUUGAGAAGAACCUAGAGAAACAAGAGAGAUACGAGCAGUACCUGAACCGCCUCAGACAGGGAGACAAAGAUGCCCUGGAGCAUAGCCUGGACCCUCAGAUGACAGAGUGGGAGAGGAGUCGGGAGCGUGAGGAGUUUGUUCGGGCGUCCAUCUUGUAUCGGCCCUCCUCCUCCUUCCUCUCCUCCAGGUUCACAAGGGGCAAACAACAAGACGAUGACGACACUGUGGAGGUCAACAGGGACGAAGAGGGAGACUUGGACGACAAACAGGCAGCAGUGAAGAUGAAGAUGUUUGGAAAACUCACCAGAGAAACGUUUGAGUGGCAUCCAGACAAGCUUUUGUGUAAACGCUUCAAUGUCCCCGACCCUUAUCCAGGGUCGAGUCUGGUGGGUCUGCCCAAAGUGAAACGGGACAAAUUUUCAGUGUUCAACUUCCUGACUGUCCCUGAGAGCAGAGAGACUUCAGUUCCUCCUCCAAAAGCUCCGGAGGUGAAGAAGUCUCGAUGGGACGUGUCACAGGAAAUGAAAGACAGUGAUGCUCUAAGUGAAAUGCUGAGUGCUGCACGAGACCAGAGUUCUGAGAUAGGACCAGACCAGACUGGGACCAUGGACCAGACCAGGACCAAGGACCAGACCAGGACAGACACCCCAGCUUUACCUGCUCCGGACUCUAAAGAUCAACAAUCGGAUAUAAGGACAGAGACUAAAGAGACGUUAAAUAAAGACAGUAAAGAGGACAGCAGUGAUUCUGAUUCAGACUCGGACUCAGACUCGGAGACAGAGGAGACUCGACCUCCAAUGGAUGUGUUCAAAGCCAUUUUCUCCAGUUCUUCUGAGGAGAAAUCUUCAUCUGAGUCUGAGGAGGAAAAGGAGGAGCAGAAGAAGGAGCAGAAGGAGGAGCAGGGACAUGUGACGCACAUUCUAUUUAAUAUUAAUACUGCGGUCACCACGACAACACUCUCUGUAACAACCACAUCGUCUGUAGCCAUGGCCACAGCUGCCACGUCGACCAAGCAGAACACUGCACCCUCUACAUCACAAACAGAAGAACAAGAGUGGUUUGGACCUAAGCUGCCGCCGCCAUCUUUUGCACUGAAGAGCAGCAGCAGAGAUCUUCGGGCCAGAUCACCGUCUCCCAGUUCAGAUGAAAAACACAGAAAGUCCAAAGACAAGAAACACAAGAAUAAAAAAGACCACAAGCACAAGAAGGAGAAGAAGAAGAAGAAGCAUAAGAAACAUAAGCACAAAGGAAAACAGAAGAAGAAGAGAGAGGAGAGCAGCUCAGACAGCGACACAGAGACUGAACACACCACCAGUGAUGUGUCAACAGAGGAGCUGCUCAGGAGGCUGAAGACUGUCCGUGCUCAGUGUCCUCUGUGAGGACUCUUGUCACAAUUGCAAGUGCUGUUGUAAACAAUAAAUUCUAUAUAUUGUACAA